AUGAUCACGAUAAACUCCACUCAGGUUUCAUAUUUCACACUUGGUGCCUACUUUGACACUGAGUUGUUUAAAUAUUUAUUGUUUGUGAUUAUUGUAAUUUUUUAUAUUUUAAUUCUGUGUGCCAAUGUUUUCCUCAUUGUGGUUAUCUGCAUGAACAGAAGUUUACAUGAACCUAUGUACAUCUUUCUGUGCAGCCUGUUUAUGAAUGAACUGUAUGGUAGUACAGGGUUGUUUCCAUUCCUUCUGAUUCAGAUUCUCUCUGACAUUCACACUGUUUCUGCUUCAUUUUGUUUCCUGCAGAUUUUCUGUAUUUAUUCUUAUGGAAGUGUCGAGUUUACUAACCUAGCUGUCAUGUCUUAUGACAGAUAUCUUUCUAUCUGUUGCCCUCUACAGUAUAACGUACACAUGACAUCUAACAAGGUUGCCAUGCUUAUUGCUGUCAUAUGGUUACCUCCUUUCUGUGCUGUUUUUGUCACAACAUCCUUGACUGCCUCUUUACAGCUGUGUGGGAACAUCAUUAAUAAAGUGUACUGUGACAAUUACUCUAUCAUCAAACUGGCCUGCUCUGACACCAGAAUAAAUAAUGUCUAUGAACUUAUUGCUGCUUCUCUCACAGUCUGUGUUCCAGUAUCUGUAAUCUUCUACACGUAUAUAAAGAUCCUUAAAGUCUGUUUCUCUGGUUCUAAACAGACCAGACAGAAAGCUGUCAGUACCUGCACACCUCACCUCGCUUCUCUGCUCAACUUCUCUUUUGGGGUUUCCUUUGAAGUAUUACAGAAUAGGUUUAACAUGACCAGUGUACCCAAUAUGUUGCGUAUAUUCUUAUCAUUAUACUUUCUGACAUCCCCACCACUCUUUAACCCUGUAAUGUACGGCCUGAACAUGUCCAAAAUACGUAACAUGUGUAAAAGUCUGAUUUUAAGUUCUGUUGAAAAGUCAGCCAACAUCUUUGUUCAGCUUGAGUAA